UGUGAUUCCUGAACAUUUUGGGAAGCGAAGCGUUCUGAAAUAAUUCCAUCGUUUCUCAAAAGUUGUUCACAAAUCAUUAAAAGAAAAAUGGAUUGUUUACUAAACAUUUGUCGGACGUGUUUAACUGAGCAGGGAGAAUUUCAAUCAGUUUUUAUUUCUGACGAGUCCUCUGGAUUGAAUAUUCACCUAGCCGAAAUGCUGAUGGCUUGUGCUUCCAUACAGGUAACUUUUGGAGAUGGCCUACCUGAACAGAUAUGCAAAGGAUGUGCUGAUAAAACGGUCUCUUUGUUUUUAUUCAAGAUAAAAUGUGAGGAAAGUGAUUCAAGAUUGAGGAAUCAACUCGGAAAGUCACCUUUAAAAGAUGACUAUGCCUCAUUACCAUUUGAUAAUAUUUCUGAUACUAAUGUUAUUGAAAAAUCUCCAUCGUGUUCUUUACCAGAUAUUGAUGUGAUCAAUGAUGAUGAAUUAUCUUCUCAUAAUGUCGAUCUUGAUACCAAACCCCAACUAUUUGGUGAUGAAUCAGAAGAACUAAGUAGAACUCAGGAGAGUGAUGAAACUAACAAAGUGAAUUUUUAUAAAUGUAUGUUAUGUCCUAAAGUGUAUAAUAGAUCCUCCAAUCUGAUAAGACAUGAAAAAUUCCACUUGAAUGAUCAAAUGUUCAAGUGUGAAUUAUGUGAUAAGAAAUUCACGAGAGAAGAUUUAUUAGAGAGGCAUAAGUUAGCUCAUGCAAAAAAGAAUAACCAAGAACUUGAUCGAUAUAAUUCUGACCUGAAGGACUCUACCAAAGAACUUUCAUCAGAAUCUGAUGAUCAAAAUGAAAGUAGCACAACCAAAGAGAAAAACCUGUUUGAAGAAACUAAAGAAAUUAAAAAAGAAGAACAACUAGACGUUGAAGGUGAAGAUAUGACUUGUAGAAUUUGUAAAAAAAAAUUUGUGAAAGUUUCCCGGUUAAAGAGACAUUUGAAAACGCAUUCUGCAGUAAAACCAUUCACUUGUCAGAUUUGUUUCAGAGGAUUCGCCAGGCAAGAACUUUUCAAGAACCAUAUGAAUACACAUAGUGGUAAUAAACCCCAUGUCUGCAGUAUUUGUAAAAAGGGCUUCAACCAGAUUUCUAAUUUAAAAGAUCAUAUGAGAACGCAUAAUGGAGAAAAACCGUUCCUUUGUUCCACUUGUGGAAAGGGAUUCAAUCAGUUGGGAAAUCUUAGACAACACACGAUCAGACAUAGUGGAGUUAAAGCUCAUAUUUGUAGUAUGUGUGGAAAUGGAUUUGCUAGUAAAGGGGAACUCUCUGCUCAUCUUCGAAAGCAUACCGGUGCCAGACCAUUUGUGUGUUCUAUUUGUCAGCAUGGUUUCACCACUUCCAGUUCAUUGACAAAGCACAAGAGAAUACAUUCUGGAGAAAAACCAUACGAAUGUGACGUUUGCCACAUGAAGUUCUCUAGGAAUGGUAUUUUAUCGAGACAUAAGAGGAUACACACCGGGGAAAAACCUUAUGUUUGUAAUUACUGUUGUAAAGCCUUCACUCAGUCCAACGACCUCAACUCUCAUCUUAGAAUUCACACAGGUGAAAAACCUUUCAUCUGUGAUCAAUGCGGUCAAGCAUUCAGGCAGUCAUCUGCUCUUAAAACUCACAAAAGAACUCACAUAGAAUUCAAACCGUUCUCAAAUUCCGAUAGUGAAGGAAAAUCUUUGGUCCAAACGAAGGAUGAAAGGAAGGCUUUCCUUGAAGCGCGAUUCGAUUUUGAAACAAAUACCUGGACCUACAUAAAAAAAAUUGAACAGAAUGUGUGACCAAAGCCUACCAUGUGAAAUGGUUCUGAGAGGGAGAUUGAACUUAAAAAUUCCAGAGCAGAAGAGUUACAGUUCACAUAAACUUUCCAGUUCUUUUGCGUUUUGUUCUGGGAUGACAAGGUCUUUAUAUGAGGUUAGAUUUCUUUUGGUAAUCAUUACUGAGGUAACGGUUACAAAUCGAAGACUAAAAUCGAUAUAAUGAAAACAUUUCACACAACUUUAAAUGUUUUAUUGUAUGUAGCUACUCUAUGUGAUGAUUAAAGGUGUGCAUUAUGAAGCUAACGGUGCUUUACAGUCGAGGGUUGGGAUGCCCGGGAGUGCAACUCUUUUAAUUUUGACUGUUUCAUUAUGCAGUUUCCACUGGUAUCUGGGCCUGGAGGUCCAAUAUGCGUCCCUGGGAUAUCACAAAACUGACUGGAUAGCACCUUACACUUGUGAGAGGAAUAUUGUACAAUUUGUACUGAAUUUAAAAAUAAAUGAUUAAAAAUUA